AUGAAACGACAUGAGUUUCUGUGGGAGCCUUACACAACAACUGUUAUGUCGAUGUUGCCUCCCAUUUGUUUGGUUGGCAGUAUGGCGUGGUGCGCAGUGGUGCCACUCAUUUGUUUCCAUGUUGUAGAGUGGCACCAACCGGAUAGAGUGUUGCGACAAUUUGGAAUGCAACAACCUAUUCCGGAGUCUCCUUCGCAACCAUGGAAUGUCCACGGGCUAACACUGAAAGGCAAAAUGGAUGAAAAUUGGUUCCAGCUGUUGGCCCCAUUUAUCAGUCAGUGGAAUAAUCAAGCUGAGUUUAGGGUCGACGUUUAUGCUCGACAAGAGGGCCUAUUGAGUUUUAACUCGGAUUACAUGGUGUGGUAUAGGCGCAAAACAAAAAUGUUUAUCGACCCAAACAAUGCAAACACGGCUACAUUGGGUGAAGUUACCGAGACAUUGCAGUAUAUGGUGUCACCACAAGGGCGAAACACAUGGACAGUUGAUGAUCUCGUGCCAUAUGUGGAAAAGUUAGCGAUUUUAUCCCAAGAGCAAGAGAGGAUCACUGAGCUUGUGGCACAUGCACUGGCUAUGUCUUCUUCCCUAAAUCGCUGGUGGGAGUUGCAACUUGCCCUCAAGUUGCCAAUGGCAGUUGCAACUCCCUACCUGGAAAAACGUAUCCCUGCAAAAAGCUGGAACCUCAAAAAAGCUGGAACCUAG